CCACUUCCUCUAGUAAGGUGGUCUUCCAAAGAUGGCUGCUGGUGUAGCAGUGAAGGAGAAAAGUCCAUUAGUAUUUGAGAGAACAUAAUAACUUUGGAAGGUCAUCAGCUGCCGUUUGAAAGGAGCAUAAGGUGUCGCUGUGCUUUCUGUCACACUGCCAGAGUACAGGAGGAGGUGUUGCCAGGUGUGAAAUCAGAGCAGCAACCACCUGCCUUUGCCUUCUUGUUCCAUCUGCGGAUGCUGCUUGAUGUGUUGUUGCCAACAGCAGUGACCUGAAAGGGAUCCAGAGGAAAAACCUCCAGUAAGGAGUAUCCACAUCUGGACCUUCUGUGGUGGCACUAACGGCAUCUUGCCGAUGACAUCUUGAGAAGCAGAGCAUGUGGAGUGGUCGGGGUUGGCAUGGCGAUGCAAGAAAAGAAGCAGCAGGAGGCAGGUGGUGUGAGUCAUGGCCUUUCAACCAGUCAGGCACUGAUGAAGCUUCGGGACCAGCUCAGCAGCCUGCUACAGCAGCACCAGAGAGCUACAUGCGGACGAGUUUCUUGGCUGGAGCGGUGGCUAAAUAGCUUCCUUUACCAUGGCAACCGGCAAUCCUGUCUCCACUGGCCAGAGGCGGCACUUACACUGUUGGUGGUGCUGGGACUCCUCUGCUGCCAUGGUAGCCAGCCGACAGGCAGUUCUGGUAUAGAGAUUAUGAAUUCUGCAGCUCUGUUCCUUCUUUUCCUGUUGAACCUGCUUCUGGUUGGACGUAAGGAGAGGCUAAAGAAAACUGAGAUGGUCCGACGCCUCAAACUCAUCAUCACACAGCUCAGUGAUUAUCUUUCAGGGUGUGUGGGUGAAGUUUGGUGGCCUUCUUCACUUUACCCUGACUUGUACAUGCCCCCAUCUCCAUCAUGGUCACUUCACUGGACCUUCAGGGACUCUCAGCUGGUUAACCUGCCUGUCAGUCUGUUGGUGGAAGGAGAUAUCAUUGCUCUGCGACCUGGCCAAGAGGCAUUUGCCUCUCUCAGAGGCAUCAAGGAUGAUGAUCACAUAGUGUUGGAACCAGGAGAUUUAUUCCCUCCAUUUUCUCCUCCUCCUUCGCCUCGAGCUGUAAAGAGGGGAACCCAGAGCCCCCAGCAACACCGCCUCUUCAGAGUGAUUCAGACACCAGUGCUGGAGCCGGUCAGGAAUGGUUUGGAGCUGGCUCUGUCGCGGCCAAUCACAGUGCUGGAUAAUGAGAGGUUUACUGUUCAGUCCAUCAUGACGAAGCUUGUCUGUCCUGUUGUGCUGGUGGCGUUCCUGCUUGUGAACACUAUUCGCUUUUUCUGGGAGGCCCCCAGCCUCACUCCUGUCAGGUACAACUUCCUUCAACUCCAGCUUAUGGCUGUCUUGCCCAUUCUGCCCCUGCUCUUCCCUGUCAUGUGGGUGCUGGUUAAUGCCUUUGGAGAGGCCAGGAUCCUUUCUGAGUUCAGUCAUGCAUCACCAGCUGGCUUGCUUGCUAAGUUCUCUGAGGACACUCUAAGCAGCUACACCGAAGCAGUUUCCUCGCAGGAGAUGAUGCGCUGUGUAUGGAGACACAUGGUUGGCGUCUUGAAGGGAGAAUCUGAGACUCUGUGCUAUACAUCCAGCCUUCUGCACACUCUGGGCUCUGUCACUGUGCUGUGCUGUGUGGACAAGCAGGGGAUCCUCUCGUGGCCGAACCCAAGUCCAGAGACAGUACUGUUCUUCAGUGGGAGAGUGGAACCACCUCACAACAGCCAGGAUGACCUCCAAGAUGACCUGUCUGUAAAUUCCUACAGCCGGAUGGAGACUGAAGAUGAGAGGGAUAGGUCUCAGGAAGCGGAGACUCUACUGUGUCCACCAGAGGAGCCCACCACCCAGCUGGGGGAAACAGCCGAGCCCAGUGAGACGUCAGUUGAUGUGGCUGGCUCAUCUGAAGCGGUCAGACUGCGAUGGCCUUGUCAACCCACACAUUAUCGAACCAAACACCGCUCUGGAUCAAACGUCAGCUUCAGCCAUGACACUGAGGGAGGCGAGGAUGAGCAGGAUUUCGCUCUGGGCUGCCCAGAAGCAGAGGCAGAUGACUUUGUUUGCGACUACCACCUGGAAAUGCUGAGUCUGACCCAAGACCAGCAGAACCCGACCAGCAUCCAGUUUGAUGACCUCUCCUGGCAAGGCCACCUGCCCUCUCUCAAGCCGCUGGGCCUCAACAUCAUGCUGAACCUGUGCAACGCCAGGGUCUCCCAGCAGCUGUGCCUCUUCUCUGACCAUCUGUCUAACCUGGCUCUGCAGGAGAGUCAUGGCUCGGUGCUGCCUGUCUACGUGCCCUGGGGCCUUUGUGAGCUCUCCAGGCUCAUAGGGUUCACUCCUGGUGCCAGGGAGCUGUUUGAACAGGAGAUCCACUUGACUCUCUACCAGCUGCCAUCAAUAGAGAAGACCAAGGAGUUCACAUCCUGCCGCCUGCCCUACUUCACAAAGCGCCAGCCCCCCAUCUCCCACCUCAUGUCACUGUGUGUGCGAGACACCUCCACCAAUAGCGUCCAGAUGCUGUCCCAUGGUUCAGCUGACCUUAUCCUUGAGGCCUGUACAGACUUCUGGGAUGGAACAGAUAUCUACCCCCUAUCAGGCUCAGACAGGAAAAAGGUUCUAGACUUCUAUCAGCGGGCCUGCCUCUCAGGUUACUGCUCUGCCUUUUCUUACAAACCCAUGCAGGUGUCACUCUCCAGCCAGCUGAAUGGAAAAUGUGUAGAACUGGCCUCAGGUCCCUGCCUCUUCUCUGGCAUUGAGCUGCCCUCCACCACCCCGAUCAAGCACAACUUGUUAAGGAACAGCUGGAGCUCAGAUGAGGGGAUAGGAGAAGGAAUGGAGCGGGAAGACUGUGUUCAAGCCCUGAGUGGGCAGAUCUUUAUGGGAAUGGUGUCAUCUCAGUUCCAGGCCAAGCUUGACACGGUCCGUCUCAUUGAUGCCCUGGUCACUGCUUGCAUUCGCUUUGUUUAUUUCUCCAUGGAGGAUGAGCUCCGCAGCAAGGUGUUUGCAGAGAAGAUGGGAUUAGAAACAGGCUGGAACUGUCACAUAUCUCUGACUGCAAAUGGAGAUGGUCCCUGUGAGGGAGCUCCAUCCAGCACUGGCCAUGGUUCGCUGCAUGAAGACCUCCACCAGGAUUCCCGAGAUGAAGCAGAGGGUCCCCUGCUGCAGGAGGAGGAGGCUCAGUCCGAUCUGGCCAGUUUUCAGCCCACAGACAGCGACGUGCCAAGUUUCCUGGAGGAUUGUAACAGAGCUAAGCUGCCCCGUGGGAUCCACCAGGUUCGUCCUCAUUUGAAGAACAUUGAUAAUGUGCCUCUUCUAGUGCCGCUCUUCACCGACUGCACACCAGACACCAUGUGUGAGAUGAUGAAGAUCAUGCAGGAGAACAGGGAGGUGACCUGCUGUCUGGGAAGCUCUGCCAAUUUCCGCAAUAGCCGCCUUUUUCUGCAAAGUGAUCUCAGUAUUGGGCUGGACCCUCUGUAUCCAUCUCAGUGUUCAUGGGAGACCUUUGGCUAUGCCACAGGAGGAGGAUUUAAUGGAGAUGCUGAAGGACUCUCUCCUUUGAGACUGGCAGGACAGCUGAACAGCCUGGGCUGCUCUGUCGCUUUCCACCAAGGAAACAGCGUUAGCUUGAUCAAACUUGUAGAGCAGGCACGACACACAACGUCUAGUAUACGCAAGUGCUUUCUCUUCCUGCUGCAGUGCCAACUCUGUCUGGUUAUUCUUCAGUUCUUGGCCUGUCUCGCUCAGCUUCCUCCUCCCAUGAACACCACUGAUAUCCUCUGGAUGUCCUGCUUCAGCUACCCUUUACUUAGUGUGUCACUGUUGGGGAAGCCACCAGACACUUUAGUUAUGACAGUUGCCACAGGGAAGAACCUGGAUUCAAUCCCAAAGAAGACUCAGAACUACUUUUUGGGCUGCUUCCUUUUAAAAUUUGGCCUCACUGUGUGUGCAUACCUUCUGGUGUUUGGCUUCACCCUGCAGUCAGUGUGCCCUGCUGGCACAAACAUGACGCUGAGUAAUAAUACCAUAAUCACCUGCAGCUCUAUAUUAACACCCAGCUCGUCACCAGUGGCUCUUCAUUGGUUCAGUGAGCUGUCCAACGGGCUGUUGCUGACCCAGAAGCUCAUGGCUGGUUUUCUUGUGCUACACACAGUGGUAAUUUCCCUGAGUUACGUUCACCGCUCACAGCCUCUGUUCAGGAAGAGUCCCUUCAACAACACCUGGUGGUGCCUCACUGUCCCUGUUGUAUUGGUGGGCCAUGGUGUUCAGGCUACGGUGGAUUACCAGCUGUGGCGUGACCAGAGCAGCCGUCUGACCUUCAGUCUGGCCAACAUACCACUUGAGGUGUGGCUCCUGGCUUCUUUGUCCCCAUUGCUGGUAGUAGUGGUCAAUGAAGUGGUGAAACUACAUGAGAUACGGGCACGAGUUCGUUACCAGAAGAGACAAAAGCUGCAGUUUGAAACAAAACUUGGGAUGAACUCUCCAUUCUGAUGCCCACCCUCAGAAGAUGAUUGUGUUCUGGGCACCGGGUGGUUCCCUCCAGACCAGCAGAACACUCUGCUCCCCACUGAUUCCCACUUCCACCCAGCUGCACCACAGUGGGGAACAGACAUCACACAGAUGUCCAGUUGGAGGCUUUACAUGUAUGGAAAAUCGUCUUGAAUUGUUCAUCAAGCUGGUCAGUUUUCUAAAUAACAAGUGAGGGGGAAGACACCAGACUCCUCUUCAUCACCAAGCCAAAGGGGCAAACCUAUAUUGUCUGUGUGGUUAUGAAGGAACAAGGAAUAAUGUCUGGACAGGUUUACUGUAUUCCCCCACACUGACCUCUGUUCUCCUUGACCAGGAUACAUGUUCAUGUUCUUUAGGAAUCCUUCACGUCCCUUAGAAUACUACAGCUGCAUCGCCUACAAAGCAUUGUUGGAUAACAUUAAUUUCACCCAUCACUGUGUAUCAUAGUUUAUCAUCCCACCAUCUCAGCCUUCAUUUUAUAUGAAUUCAAAAACAAAAAGUCCCAUUUUUUCUUCUUUAAACCAAAAUGCAGGGCUAAAAGAAUGAUGGCUGUCUGAAACUGUGGAGCCCCAAUGUGUGCAAGAAUUUCAGAUUAAUCACCUGAAAUAAGCUAGGGUAAUGAUACUAUCAGUGAGUAGAUUCUGAACUAUUUCUUUACUAUAACUUUAAACAGUUUUUAUUUCAUGCCUUAAAUUUUAGUUCACGUCCUUACAUACAUGAUAUUAUCAUUUAUCCCUGACCCUACUGCAUAUCAGUGGCUUCACCUAAUAUCACCAACAGGUGCUUGUCACUAUCCAAGGUGAGACCACUGUGCACCAGCACAGUCCAGUAAUAGAAUACCAUAAAACCCAGUUACUUGCUCCCAGUCAGUUAGGGUUGUGGUUACCACUGCUUUGCUAAAAUAAUCACUUGCAGUGAAAAUAAAAUGUUGGACAUUGUCAUCCUUCCUUCUGACUAAACAUGCUUUAGGUCAGGAUCAUUAGCUAGCAGGCUCAUGUUCUGUUUUGUUUGGAUGUUAGAACUUGUAUGUAGAAAUAGCAUCAGACCCAAAUAAACCCUAUUCCAGGGAUUUGCUGGUUAACUCAGUAUGAAGCCAGCUGCUAUAACCCAUUUAGUUCUAAGCCAUUUCUGCUGUUGCACGUUAAAAGAGUAUUUUCACAAAUGUAUUCUAACAGAUAAGCCACUGAUUUUAUGGUGCAAGCUGAGAGAACUGCAGUCUAACCGUUUAUUACUGCAGCUAUUUCUAUCCUGUAGGUGUUUGUGUGAAGACUUCUCAGACUUCUGGGGUUUAGAGAUUCCAGUCUAGUUUCCCGACCUUAGAGUCCAAAUCAAAUCUGUAAAAUCUCACGAUUCCAUGAUGGUCAUUAACCAAAUGAAAGGAACUUAAUGCUGUCCAUUCUCUCUGCUGCAAGGAGUAUUUUAAUGAUUUCCUGUAGUAAUUGUUACGGUACUGAAACACAUCCCUAUGAGUCUGUUAGUAGUUGAAAACACUCAUUGGGAGUGACAACUUGCAAUAAAACCUGAUGUUCAUGUUUUUUAAAUGUGUGAACUAAUGUUGCUCAUAUGGGGUUUCCAUCUGUAAAUGCAGGGUUAAAGCUGCCAGUCACUACCUCUAAAAACAAGAUGAUCCAGAAGCUUUUCUGGACCAUUCUGUAAGAUUUCAGUCUGCCAUGUUCUCCCGUCUUGGUUUUCUUGUUUUUUGGCCCAGUGGCCUUUGUUGAACUGUUGUUUGAAGGGAAAGAAAAGGGAGAGAGGAGGGGAAGACAUGCAGCACAUGGUCCGAGACCGGAAAUCUAACCCAGAACAACCGCGUCGAGGACUCUGCACAUGGUGCACCUGCUCUACCUACUGAGCCACCCAGCACCCCUGUCUUAUUAGUUGUUCUUCAUUUCCCGAACUGAACCUGGGUCCAACCUGCAAUACAAAGUAUUGUGGAUCCAGAUCGAACUGUUUUAUGCAUACCAACAUUUAGUCAACUCUACUACUAAGCUCUAGGUUUACUCGUUACAAGUGGAUGUUUGUGUUGUUCUGAAUGACCAGAUUCUGUUCCGUUGCCUCAGCCUUUCUGCUUUAAGUCCAAAUCUCAGCUGUCAGGAGUUCAAGAUACGGAUGUGUUUCAAAGGAAGUCUAUUUUAUGUGGCAGAUUUGAUAUUUGAAUUGAAAUCUACUAAUAAUCUAACAAUGUUUGACCUCAGGACUGAUUUGUUACAGAAUUGGCAAACGUCUGUAUCCUUGAUGAGAUCCUUCGAUCACACCAGCCUUGUGUAAAUGGUGCUGUUAUUGUUUAAGAUGGCUGCAGCUUCUGUAAGCAAAAAGAAUAAUGACUUUCAAAGUCAGUGCCUCCCUGACAAUCUAAGCCCUAAAUGUUUUCACCAGGAUAUAAAUCUGUGAAAGUGGGCAGGGUCGAGGCCACCAUAAGUUCUGUAAAGGCCCAGGGCCCCAGCAUGAAUGAAGAUUGCUCCCAUACAUUCUUCACAUCUAACAAAAAGCCUCUAAAUGUUUGUGCUGGAUUUGACCUGAUCUUUGAUGCAGGCAGUUGCCAUAUUUUGUUAACUUCCUGCUGUGACUGUGGUAGCAACCCCUGGUGGUCAGUAACGAAAGGUAUGGGGGUGGUUAUCUUUUGUUUUGGGUAAUGUUUGUGUGGGGGUGGAGGGCUUUGAAUGGCUUUUAAAUUUAAAACAAGUGUCACCAAGCAACACACAGGUGGAACGAACCAUUGACACAGAUGUAGUUUGGUUUCAGUGAUGUGGGUGGGAUGGUUGACCUUUCAUGAGCUUCUGUUAACUUUUAUUUAUAUCCUUUAAAAUAAUAGCAACAUUUUUUAUUCUUAAAAAGUUCAAGCUCUAAAAUAGUGCAGAUGUUGAACACCAUUUUUGUUUGACUUGAAGACUGUAUUGGUGGAAAGUUCUCUGUUCUGUACGCAACAUCUAAAACGUGUCCUUGUUGCAAAAUGAAAUGAGUAUACUGUAAACUUAGAAUGUUAUCAUUUUAUCUGAAUAUUUUCUAAUAAAAACAUGUUGCAUGCCA